AGCCGGUGAUGCCGAACGCCGAAACCUGCCCGAACAAGGAGGGGAGGCAGCCUCGGCGGAAGUCGUGACACCUGUGUUAUACACACAUGUCAAUCAUGCAUCAGGGCAAUAUUAUUGUGCCUUCAUUGAUAAGGAAGGAUGUUAAUGAAGUUCUUAUAUGUUAAACAAAUAUGUUAAUAAGACAGUGUUAGACUGACAUGACAACCCAACAUGUGGAAUUGUUUUCUAACUGCAAUGUAUUUUUUAAAUAAAAAAUUGCAAAACAAUGUUUGAACAUGACUUUUUGAUAUUAUCUAUCUGUCCUCUCACACAUAUACACUCGCAUACACAAACACCACAAGGUGAUGUAGGAGUCCGUUUCUUUUGCUUGUGAGAACUGACGUUGUGGUUUGAUGUCAUGUUUCCGUUUAGCAGUUUCCUCUCUCUGCACAGCAUCAGGGCAGGGUUUGAAUUUCCUCUUUGAAACACUCCCUUCACACAGCAAGGUCUUGCUCUCUGCCUGAGAUACACUAACUGGCACUAGCACAGCGUUAGGACCGAGCCUGGACCAACGGUCAGUCAGGGCAUCCUCUCUUACAACAUCCCCCAUCACCCUCACCGUGCUCAGCAUGGAGUGCCAGAGAACUACCAUGCUGUCACCCCAGAGGAUGUUGGGCCUCCUCAUGCUCAUAUUGUUACAUGGAGCUGCAGAUGGAGCCUGUCCUCCUGACAUCAACCCUCUGACUCUGGAGCCUCCUGUGGUGGUGGUGAGACACGGGGAUCCACUGGAGGUCAACUGCAGCACGUUGUUCAACACCCACCUGGGGAUGCACUGGGUUUCUACAGAGGGAAAAACAAGCUUGGAGGAAGAUAGACAGUUUGUCACCUGGAACGUGGCUGGGGUGGACUGGGGUACACAGGCUCAGUGCAACAUAAAGUUGAAUGGGAGUCUCCAAUGCAGUCAAGACCUUACUCUCACUGUGUACAAGACUCCAGACAGCGUCUCCAUCUCUGUUCUGAGCCACUCUGGUCCCAUGGUGGAGGGGACAGAGUACCAGCUGCAGUGUGACAUACAGAACAUCGCUCCUCUACAGAACCUGGUUGUGAAGUGGUACAAAGGGAAUGAACCCGUAGGUAAUGUAACUUACAGUAACAUCAGUAAGACACCAGUGGAUGUGUCAGCUACUCUGAUGAUCAGCCCCAGUAGAGAUGAUGAUGGAGCUCAGUAUAGAUGUGGAGCAGAACUGGACCUGGGACCAGAGGGACCACAACCCCAUCCUACAGUGACAUCAGAACCUCUCAACAUUACUGUGCACUACGCUCCUAAGUUCCUUCCAGGGAAUGACACAGUGGUGGUGAGUGCAGGUAGUGAUGUGUCUCUGGACUGCAGUGCUGAGGGGAACCCUCCUCCUGAGCUGAAGUGGACCAACAACACUGCAGAGGGAAAUGCCAAUGAGACCACUGUAGGGCCCCUGCGUACUCUCUCUAUCUCCAGAGUAACAGCUAAUGCAACAUACAACUGCACAGUCACAAAUAGACUGGGCUCCAUCACCAAGCAAAUGCAUGUCCUUGUAGAAGUACCUCCACAACGUCACCUAACGAUGUUCCCCACAGUACCCACAACUCCAGGAGCUACGACCACCCUCCCAGCAGCAGCCAAGCCAAAAGUAGUUACCUCUCCUCUUGAGCUCAACCCUCCCAGAGUGGUGGUGAGAUAUGGAGACUCAGUCUCAGUCAACUGCAGCACAUCAUCCACAGUCCACGAGGGGAUGGGCUGGGAGGCCACAUACGGAGGUACAGGUUUUGAACAAGAUGUUAACAUUGUCACCUGGACUGUGGAUCAUCUUACUGAUUGGACAAUAGAACCUAAAUGCUACAUGACCCUCACUAACAGCGACCAACCCAUAGAAGUGCUUCCAGUCAUUCUUUACAAGACUCCAGACAGCAUCUCCAUCUCUCCUCUGAGCCACUCUGGUCCCAUGGUGGAGGGGACAGUGUACCAGCUGCAGUGUGACAUACAGAACAUCGCUCCUCUACAGAACCUGGUUGUGAAGUGGUACAAAGGGAAUGAACCCGUAGAUAAUGUAACUUACAGUAACAUCAUUAAGACACCAGUGAAUGUGUCAGCUACUCUGAUGAUCACCCCCAGUAGAGAUGAUGAUGGAGCUCAGUAUAGAUGUGGAGCAGAACUGGACCUGGGACCAGAGGGACCACAACCCCAUCCUUCAGUGACAUCAGAACCUCUCAACAUUACUGUGCACUACAAGCCAGUGAUUGAACGUCUAAACCUGCACAGUCAUGUGAAUGAGAGUUCCACCCUGGACAUGAUCCUUUAUACUGUCAGUGGGAAUCCUCCCCCUAACGCUGUGUGGUACCAAGAGGGCAGACAGGUCAAUGCCUCUGCACCCCUGGCCAGGACGGACUCAGGCCAGUAUGUCAUCACGAUCACCAAUGACAUAGGCAGCACCAACUCUACUGUUCACAUCACAGUGGAAUAUGCCCCCAAGUUUACCUGUCCUGAUCAAUAUAUUUUUAAAGAGAAUGAAAAUCACAACCUCUUAGUCACCUGUACAGUUGAUGGCAACCCAUCUUCUAAAAUCACCUGGUAUAAAGCCCAACAGAAAGUGGAUAUCCCUCAAAGUCUGACUAGGGAAAACAGAGGGGAGUACACCCUGGUUACAAACAACAAACAUGGACAAGCCUCUCACACGCUUGUUAUUGACGUCUUGUAUGCUCCUGAGUUCCUUCUAGGGAAUGACACCGUGAUUUUGAGCGGAGACAGUGAUGUGUCUCUGAACUGCAGUGCUGAGGGGAACCCUCCUCCUGAGAUAAAGUGGACCUUCGCUGCAGGCAAUGUGACGGUGUCCACUGAGGGGCGCCAGAGGACUGUUAGAAUCACCAGAGCCACGUCUACCAACGCUGGGAUCUACAUCUGCACUGCCACGAAUAGAGUUGGGACGGCCACUAGAACUACAACAGUAAUCCCUAUGAAAGGUUACUCCACAAUUAUGAUUUGGUGGAUUCCAGUAGUUAUCCUAGUCACUUUUGUCCUGAUAGUUGUUCUCUACUGUAGGUGGAGGAAAAGACAUGGACAUUAUAAUUUCAUAACAAACAACAACACAGAAGUCAACCAGCCAAACAAUGUUCCAAUGAUGCCACCGCCUACAACAGUGGUAGGCAACCCUGAUCCAGGGGGGUAUCCUACGAAGAAGGUUUGAGAAGUUACCGAGGUAAAUUUGAUCAACUCUGAGUUCAAUUCGGGAUAACCGGUCAUACAAAAGUGUCUCACCCUUUUUUUUUUUUUUUUUUACUAU